AUGUCUAGCGAAGAACAACUCGUGGCCCUCUUCAGCAAGAUCGGCUUGGCCGAUAAGAAAGCUGCAGAGAUUGCCAAAAACAAGAAAGUUUCCUCAAGCUUUGUGGCUAUUUUGGCUGAAGGAAAUAUCACUGAGUCAUCAGAGGUGGAUGACAAGAAAUUGACUUUGUUACAUGCUUUGGCCGUGGAGAGUAAAAACGCCGGUGACGAACCAAUUGAGGGCCGUUCAUUAGCAACAGCUGCCAUUCUUGACGGACGCUUGAAGACCAACUUGCAGGUAACGGAAGCUAUGAAGUACAUCGUGGAGAAUGGAGCCUCCAGUACCGCUGAAGGUAUGGACGCCAGUGCUGGUGUCGGUAUUGAAUUGAGCCGCGACGAUAUUAAGGCAGAAAUCUCAAAGUACAUUGAUGCACAUAGAGAAACCGUGGAGGCUAAGCGUUAUGCUGGAGUGCCAUCACUUUUGGGAGAAACCAAGAAACUUCCAAGUUUGAAAUGGGCAGCCCCCUCGUUAUUCAAGCCAGUUAUUGACGAGCUUGCCUUGGAAAUUUUUGGUCCAAAGGAUGAACGUGAUGUUGUCAAGAAGGAGAAGAAGAAGAAAGACGCCAAACCUGCUGCUGGUGCCAAGGUGGCUGCUACACCUGAACCUGAGAGAUCCAUGUUUUCGGAAGGAUUCUUGGGAGAUUUGCACAAGCCUGGCGAAAACCCUCAGGCCUAUCCUGAGUUGAUGAAGGAGCAUUUGGCCUUCACAAAGGGUAAAGUGUUCACUAGAUUUCCUCCUGAACCCAAUGGAUUCUUGCACAUUGGUCAUUCCAAGGCUAUCAUGGUGAACUUUGGGUACGCCAAGUUCCAUGACGGUCACUGCUACUUGCGUUACGACGACACCAAUCCCGAAGCGGAGGAGGAGGUGUAUUUCAACUCCAUUAAGAGCAUGGUGGAGUGGUUGGGCUUUGGUCCAUGGAAAAUUACCUACUCUUCCGACUAUUUCGACCGCUUGUAUGAAUUGGCAGAGAAGUUGAUUGAGGUGGGCAAGGCGUAUGUCUGUCACUGUACUGCCGAAGAGGUCAAGGCACAGAGAGGUAUGAAGGCCGAUGGAACUCUCGGAGGAGAGAGAUUUGCAUGUCCACACAGAGACAGAAGUGUUGAGGACAACUUGACCCAGUUCAGAAGCAUGAGAGAUGGCGGAUACAAGCCAGGAGAAGCCACGUUGAGAAUGAAGCAGGAUAUCACCUCUCCUUCGCCUCAGAUGUGGGACUUGGUUGCCUACAGAGUGUUGAAUGCUCCUCAUCAUAGAACGGGAGACAAGUGGAAGAUCUAUCCAACCUAUGAUUUCACCCACUGUUUGGUUGAUUCUUUCGAGAACAUCUCACACUCAUUGUGUACCACAGAGUUUCGUUUGAGUAGAGAGUCGUACGAAUGGUUGUGUGAUGCCUUGCAUGUAUACAGACCAGCUCAGAGAGAGUAUGGUCGUCUCAACAUCACCGGAACUAUCAUGUCUAAGCGUAAAAUUGCCAAGUUGGUGAACGAGGGCUACGUCCGUGGCUGGGAUGAUCCCAGAUUGUACACUUUGGAGUCCAUCAAGCGUCGUGGAGUUCCUCCAGGAGCUAUUUUGUCAUUCAUCAACACAUUGGGUGUCACCACAUCCACCACCAACAUCCAGGUCGUUAGAUUCGAGUCUGCUGUGAGGCAGUACUUGGACGUUACCACGCCACGUUUGAUGGUGUUGUUGGAGCCAGUUUUGUGUGAGAUUGACAAUGUCGAUGACGACUUCGAAGAGGUGGUGGAAAUGUCAUACAAGCCAGGUUCAGAUGAGAAGUUUGGCGUUAGAAAAUUGACAUUCUCCAAAAGAUUCUACAUCGACAGAUCCGAUUACAGAGAUGAAGUUGACAAGGAGUACUUCCGUUUGGCUCCAGGACAGCCAGUUGGAUUGAUGAAGGUUCCAUUCAAUGUCUCUGUUAAGGAAGUGAUCCGUGACGCCAGCGGAAACAUCACCAAGAUCAUUGUCAACUACGACAAGGAUAUUAAGAAGAAGCCUAAGACGUACAUCCAGUGGGUGGGGGAGAAGAAUGUCAAGCAAGUGAAAGAGGUGAGAAUCUACAACCAAUUAUUCCACAGCGAGAACCCAAGUGCACAUGUGGAUGGAUUCUUGAGCGACAUCAACGAGGACUCAUUGGAGGUUGUCAAGGGCUCAAUUAUUGAGAGUGCCGGAUUCGAUGACAUCCAAAAGAGAUCGCCAUUGAAUAUUGGAGUCGAGGGUUCAGAGUUCAACAUCAAAGAGAAGAAGGGUGCAGAGACCGUGAGAUUCCAAGCGUUGAGAAUCGGAUAUUUCUGCGUGGACAAGGAUAGUGAGGGUGAGAACGUCAUUUUGAACAGAAUUGUGACGUUGAAGGAAGAUGCAGCUAAGUAG